GAGGGGGGGAGGGAAAAAAGGAGGCAAAGUACAAGCCAAGCAAAAGAGCAGAAAGACGGAAUAGUCAGCAAGCCUCUGAGUGUGUUUACAGAAAGAUAGGUGUGGAAAUCCUCAGGUAGGUGGACACCAACAACAAAAAAUACGAGAGAGAGAGAGUGAUCGACAGGUUUAUAGAAAGAAGCCAAAGCGUGUAGGAUCAUGUCUCUAAAUGGGAGGGUGGCUCUGGUGACCGGGGGAGCUCAAGGCAUCGGAAGAGCUGUAGUCCAGUCUCUCCUACAGAGCUCAACUAAGGUGGCUGUAGUUGACCUGAACAAGAUAUGCGGUGAAGAGUGUAAAAAGCAGCUGGAUACUGAAUUUGGAGAGGACAGCAACAUCUUUAUUCAGUGUGAUGUGUCCAACGGAGUCUCACUGAGAGAUGCCUUCCAGAGCACAGUCGACAAAUUCGGUCGACUAGACAUUGUUAUCAACAAUGCUGGAAUUAACAAUGAAAAGAACUGGGAGAAGACCAUACAAGUGAACCUGACUUCCGUAAUAAAUGGGACCUACUUGGCUCUUGAACAUAUGAGUAAGGAGCAUGGGAAGGAAGGAGGCACAAUAAUCAAUGUGUCUUCUAUGGCAGCCUUUCUGCACUCUCCUCACCAACCUGUUUACACUGCCACAAAACAUGGAGUCAUUGGUUUCACAAGGGUUAUGGCUGAUGCAUCUUCUCAGAGUGACUACGGUGUCCGGCUCAAUGUGUUGUGUCCUGCCUUUGUUGACACCCCUCUGCUUCACUCAGUGGACCAGGAGGAAUACAUGGGGAAGUUUGUCAAAUUUAAGGAUGAUUUCAAGCGCAGCAUGAAGAAGUUUGGCGUUUUACAGCCAUCCUUGAUAGCCGAAGGCAUGAUGAGGUUAAUUAAUGACACCAGCCUAAAUGGCGCCGUGAUGAAGAUUACGUGCUCCAAAGGAAUCCACUUCCACACUUACGAACCUGCGUCUGCAUGAUCAUCGUCUAUUGGACUGCUCAUCUAUAAAUACACCGCAGCAACCUGAAAGACUGGAACGUUCGCUGAAACAUUCCACCCAUGAUAUCAAUCUGAUACAUUAGGAUUUGAUUGUACUGCACAAUUCUACGCGAGUAGAAUUGAUGGAAUUACAGCUAUUCAGCAAACCAUAUUCAUCAUGUAACCUUCAGCAAACCUAAACUGUCUUUUCAGUGUUUUUGAAGGUCAAAGUCGACCCCGUAGCUUCUGUAGUAAAGCAGUGUUAUUAUCAAGACCUGUAACCAUAAUUAUUUAAUUGAUAUAUCAUUUGUACAUGUACAAAAAAUUCUCUGCAAUUUUGGGGAUUUUAGAUAUUCUUUAUUUUUAUAAACUUAUCAGCAUGUGUUGAUGUCAGCGUUGUUUUGAAUACAACAGAGAAAAUUAAAUGUUGCUGCAAUAGAGAAGUGAUUAAGAACUUUCUUGACAGCUCAUCAUCAUGUGUACCUGUAUAAAGCAUGUUUUUAAUACUUACGUAAUAAGUACGUACUAAAUAUAUCAGGGACAGGUGGUGUGGUUCGUGAUGAGUGAGGCACUGACUUCUGGUCAGAUUUACAAACACUAUUUACAGUGGGGCAAAUACCGGUAAGUAUUUAGUCAACCACUAAUUGUGCAAGUUCUCCCACUUGAAAAUAUUAGAGAGGCCUGUAAUUUUCAACAUGGUUAAACCUCAACCAUGAGAGACAGAAUGUGGGAAAAAAAAAUAAAAUCACAUUGAUUUUUAAAGAUUUUAUUUCCAAAUCAUAGUGGAAAAUAAGUAUUUGGUCAAUACUUUGUUAUGUACCCUUUGUUGGCAAUAACGGAGGCCAAACGUUUUUUGUAACUCUUCGCAAGCUUUUCACACACUGUUGCUGGUAUUUUGGCCCAUUCCUCCAUGCAGAUCUCAAGAGAAGUGAUGUUUGGGGGCUGUCGUUGGGCAACACGGACUUUCAACUCCCUCCACAGAUUUUCUAUGGGGUUGAGAUCUGGAGACUGGCUAGGCCACUCCAGGAACUUGAAAUGCUUCUUACGAAGCCACUCCUUUGUUGCCCUGGCUGUGUGUUUGGGAUCAUUGUCAUGCUGAAAGACACAGCCACGUCUCAUCUUCAAUGCCCUUGUUGAUGGAAGGAGAUUUUCACUCAAAAUCUCUCGAUACAUGGCCCCAUUCAUUCUUUCCUUUACACAGAUCAGUCGUCCUGGUCCCUUUGCAGAAAAACAGCCCCAAAGCAUUUACCUAUUGCAGAUUCAGUCUUCCCAACCUGGUGCAGGUCUACAAUUUUGUCUCUUGUGUCCUUUGACAGCUUUUUGGUCUUGGCCAUAGUGGAGUUUGGAGUGUGACUGACUGAGAGGUUGUGGACAGGUGUUUUUUAUACCGAUAAUGAGUUAAAACAGGUGCCAUUAAUACAGGUAACGAGUGGAGCAUCGUUAGACCUCGUUAGAAGAAGUUAGACCUCUUUGACAGCCAGAAAUCUUGCUUGUUUGUAGGUGACCAAAUACUUAUUUUCCACUCUCAUUUGGAAAUAAAUUCUUUAAUAAUCAAACAAUGUGAUUUUCUGUUUUUGGUUUUCCACAUUCUGUCUCUCAUGGUUGAGGUUUAUCCAUGUUGACAAUUACAGGCCUCUCUAAUCUUUUCAAGUAGGAGAACUUGCACAAUUGGUGGUUGACUAAAUACUUAUUUGCCCCACUGUUUAUAAAAUUCCAAUUUAAUUUAUUUCAAGCCAAAAUUAAUUACUUUGUUGUUUCAUCUUUACUUGUACAUGAAAUCCAUGCGACAAUGCUUCUAGACAAAGUUGUCUAUAUUUUUUUAAGAGGUCCAACUAGUAGUCCUUCAGUUUUAAAAGUCUUUCUGUUUCAAUAAAGAUCAUUGCCUGAGAUGAAAGCCGUCCUUCACUAGUCUUCAGUAAAAUUAUCUGCCAGUGCUUCAAGUAAAUUUUACUCAAAUUU